AAUCUAGAGAGGUGUAGAGAGCAGUUGGGUGGUGGAGGGAGUAACUCUCAUUGAACUUUUACUAAAUAGAAGCCCAAAUACCUUCUGGGCUAGCCCAUAUUUUCAUUUCGUGGUCAAGUUCCCUCUGCUUUUACAGCAUGUAGUGUUUCUCCACUUAUCAGAAACGGUCAAGUCAGAAAACUUUAGAAAGAUUAUUUUGCCAUUGACCAUUGACUAUGUUCCAACACAACACCAUUUGCAUGUAACCUUUUCGUUUGAAGUCUAUGCAAUUCACCGUUUAUUCAAGGGACAACGAAGAUGUCCUCUGCCUUAAGUGAUUUUUUCACUCAGAGUGAGACCAUUUUACUUAUAAGUAGCACUUCCAAGGUCCUCAAAGCCAUAGCAAAACAAUUUUUGUUCGGUGGAGCAGAAAUUCGAGAGGAAUAUGGCCAAGGAACAACCUCAAGGUCUUGCUUUAAGGAGGAAGCUGGAGAGGCUGCAGUUGGAGUUAAGCAGCAUUAAACUUGGAACUCAGUCUUACAUACCUGGCCAGGGAAUUAAUGGAAAUUGGGGUGUUCCUAGAUAUGGUGUUGGAGAGGAAGUUCAUGAUCAAAUUGAUGCAGAUGGUGCGGUUUUUGAUAAAGGAGAUUAUUCAGUGUUCAAUUUCACAGUUGAGGAACCAGCGAUUGACAUGAAGGUAUAUGCAAUGCUACAUUCUAACUUAAACCCAAUGCUUAGACGUUGCUGGUAGUUUUGUUUGCAGCUUUGGAACAGAUACGGGUGAUGAGAAGGACAUUUAAAACAAAAGUGUGAGGGCAUCUUUCGUUCUAGAGGUGGUAUUAUCAACUUAAUAUAUGAAAUUUUCAUCUUAAGAGUUCAUGGACACAGUCAUGCAUUGCUACUAGCUACAUACAUCUAUUGAUAGCCUUCAAGCUCCUAAAAAAGGAACUGCAUUGUAUUUUGGCAUGAUUUAGCAUAGCUAAUCUAAGCUAAGCAUUGGAUUGUUGGUUACCUCGUUCUGCAGGCUUGUAUUAUUGAACAUUUGUGCUUAUUUAUGGUAUAUUUACAUCUGUA